ACUACCGCUUGUUAUUUACCAAACUUCACACCGGUGUGCGCUCUCAAAACAAAUCGUGCUCGCUGGAACCUAUUGUUUAUCAGUGCGUUAAAAACCCAUUUUAUCUUAGCGUUUCUUUAAAAUAAAUCCAAAUAGACUCUCACUAGUGCUGAUUGUUGCUAAUAAGAACCCUCGUUUAACCCGCGUCAGUUAUAUCUCGCCACGAUGGAAGUCGAGCCCAUCGUUUCCGAACUAGAAAACGUGGCGGCGAGUGAUACUGAUAACGCGAAGCCGGCGGACGAGGGCGCCGGGGACGCCGCGACGUCCCACUCUGAGCGUCUCAAACGCCGUCAUAGGAAUAAGAAGCUCGCAAGAACCAACAGCAAGGAGGGCGGCGUUAGCACGCCGACGCCGCUCCCUAGAUAUAGAAGCUGGAAAAAUAGCCGCCGACCGCGCAAUGGCCACGGGCGCGGGCUGCCUAAAAAAGGAGGCGCGGGUGGCAAGGGCGUAUGGGGAGCCCCGGGCUCCGAACUCCUGGAGGAGUACAUGGAAGACGAGAACGACCCCAACUACGACUCGGAGGCCGUAGUCAAUGGAGACAUCGAGUUCAAACAGGUCAUCGUGGAGGCCGACCCUGAGGAGAUCAUUCGCAAGUCUGAGCCGGUGAUCCUUGAAUACUUGGAGCACGGCGACACCAACGCGGCCGCCGAGGACUUCCUCGAGUUCGUCACCGCCAAGCGGAGUCACCUGGUCUGCGAGACCAUCAUAGAGACCGCUUUAGAGCACAAGCCGAGCCACUGCGAGAUGGCUUCGGUCUUGGUCUCGGAUCUGUAUGGGAGGGUGUUCUCUGCCAAGGAUAUUGCCUUAGCGUUCGAGCACCUCCUUGAGAAGCUGCCAGACCUGGUGUUGGAUACGCCGGACGCGGCAGUUUUACUGUCCAACUUCAUCGCGCGGUGCGUCGCCGACGACUGCCUGCCGCCGCGCUUCGUGUCGCAGCAGCGCGACGCGCCGCUCAACGCCGCCGCUAGGCAAGCCAUCCACCGAGCCGAGACGCUGCUCUCGAUGAAGCAGGGUCUCGUGCGAUUGGACAAUAUUUGGGGCGUCGGCGGCGGAAUCAGGCCAGUGAAGUCCCUGAUCCGGCAGAUCCAGCUUCUCCUCAAGGAGUACCUGACGUGCGGGGACCUGGCCGAGGCCAUGCGCUGCGUGCGCGAGCUAGAGGUGCCGCACUUCCACCACGAGCUUGUCUAUGAGACAAUCCUGCUCGCGCUGGAGACAGUAAACUCCUCGGUGGAAGAGCAGCUGUGUACUUUCCUGGCCGAGCUGAGGCGCUGUGUCAUCGUCACGCCCGACCAGAUGGACCGGGGCUUCCUCCGCGUGCUGGAGGACAUGUCGGACAUCGUGCUGGACGUGCCGCUGGCCUACAUCAUGCUGGACCGCUUCCUCGAGCGCUGCCAGCAGAAGUUCAAGCUGGGCGACGUGGUCAUCAAGCGCAUGCCGAGCAGAGGCCGCAAGCGCUACGUGUCGGAGGGCGACGGUGGCGCCAUCAAGGACCACGCGCUCAAACUGCGCGAGUAAACUGCGUUCCGCCGUCGCACACACACACACACACACACACAUACACAUGGGGCA